AAAAGCCAUGAAUACUGCAGCUACUCCUAAUGCGGAGGGUCAACUCAUCAACAGCACAAAUGGUCAUCCCGAAACGCUGCAGACUGGACUGAAUAAAGCGUUGGACUUUCUGGACCAAGUCAAGGCAUGUCUUAGUCCUCCACAGUUUCAAGAGUUUCUUGUUCUACUAAAGAUGUUUAAAGGCAAACGCAUUUCAUCGAAUGCCAUGUCAGAGAGCAUCUCGGUGCUUUUUCAGAACCAUCCACAAUUAAUGCAUGGGUUUUCUGCUUUUCUACCCACUGAUCAUCAGCAACUCAACUCGUCAACUGAAAGCAGUUCCAGCCUUCAAGAUAUCAAUCUGUCUGUUGACAGCAUUGUUACUCCCUCUGUCACAGCCGUUCCUCGGCAAGAUUUUUCCCGUCCAUCUCGCAGAAAGCGAAGUGUGAAAUCCCUCAAGAGCCAAUCGACCGUUGCCAGCACUGCCAGAAGUCCUGCUGCUGGUGGAAUGGCUGGCUCUUCUCGUAGCGUGACGACGGCCUCUUUACCUGCAAACCAUUCCGAGUCGACCGUCGUCAUGGCUCGAUCUUUGGAUUUUUUAAAUAUUGUUCGAACCGCUUACGCUCAUUCUCCAACGGUAUACACCAAGUUUGUUGCUUAUCUACAAGAAAGCUUUGAAAUGUCUCUACCGCUGUCCAAGGUGGUGGAAGAUGUUGGCGCCAUGUUUGCUGAUCGUCCUGAAGUCAUGCAAGCCUUUUUGGAGUUUAUUCCCAUAUCUGCCCUCAAGGACAGUCAUUUGGAAAUCGAGCGCAUGCAAUUGAAUAUCACUCACACAUCUACUCCCGAUCUUCAACAACCCCUCAUUCUAUCUAAAGAAUCUUCUACUCAUGACUCGAUUGAAUCAAACAAUCGAGGUAUACCUCAUAACCCUGACUCGCUCGCUAUUCCUAUAGAUCAGAUGGAACACAGUGUUACUGCUUCUUCAAUCACCCAUGUAAACUCUAAUGAAACUCUGAAUAUUCAUGCCAAACAACCUGCUAGCUCCAGUGAUUCACACUCGAUUCAUCACAAUCAGUCUGAUCAGUCCUCUAAAUCCACAGAAUUGCUUUUUACCAAACCACUGCCUUUGUCUCCAACAACUCGUGUUUAUUCUGAAUCAGAUCCGUUGAUUCCUACAUCUUGCACAUUACCAACUCGUUAUACUGCCAUCUCCAAUACAACCACUGAAUGCGAGGCAGUACAUGCUACACCUCUAAUCAAGCGUUUCAGUACCGCUUUUGUCAUGGCAGUUAUGGGAUGGAUGCUGUUUGCUGCUGUAUUGCUAUACGCUUUAAUUUCUGGCGAGUAUUUUAAGACUAUCCAAGAGUAACACUACUUUUUGGCCAGAUCCCAAGUUUCCUGUUUGUUUCAUAUAUAUUAUUUUUGGAUUGAAAAUUUGCACGUUUUGAAUCGAAGCCUGCUCUGUUUUGCUAGGCUAAACCAUAUUUCAUUUUUGUUUCAAGUGUCGAGUUUGUAUUGGUGAUGGAUACACAAUACUGGAUUGUCUACGCCAACAUGUUUUUGAAAAACAUUCAAACGUGAUUGGUUUCUAUAAUUAAAGCAUUAUAUUUUUU